GUUACCAUAGAGCCUGCCUCACUUGCCGUUUAUGUCGAACACCUUUGGAUCCUCGUCGGUAUUUCGAAUAUGAAAACCACUUAUAUUGUGAACGGGAUUAUAAUGUGUGAUCGCCCUAUUGCUUCCAACGUGACUCCGAUCAAGGCUUUAGGUCGUACUUAUCACCCUGGUCAUAUCAAGUGUUAUCAUUGUUAUUGUCCUUUGACAGAAAAAACUGGUGCCAAGGAACGUCAACAAAGGGUAUACUGUCGCAAAGAUUAUAAAGAAUUAUUUUUACCAAAAUGUCGUGCCUGUCAUCUUCCAGUUGAAAAAGAAGCUGUUUCUGCUGUAGAUGGGAAAUUACAAGGCAAAUGGCAUUUAGACUGUUUUGGUUGUCAUACCUGUCAUCGACCAUUUCCUGAUAAUACCUUUUAUGUUUUUGAAAAUCUUCCUUAUUGUCGACGCCAUUAUCAUCAAUUGAACAAUUCUUUAUGUCGAACUUGUGAUGAACCUAUCGAAGGACCCUGUGCUCAAACAAUUGAAGGUUGGAGAUUCCAUCCUGCUUGUUUCAAAUGCAAUGUAAGUUUGUUAAAAGGUUUACACGUAUGA